AUGGAGCACUAUUGGGCUGGACGAGGGAUCUCCAGGGUGUUGUGUCCUGUUAUCUUGUCUCUUUUGGCCACCUGCUGUCCUGCCACGUCUCUUCCACAGACCGCAGCCCCGAUAGUGGACGGGAAGCCCUUCAUGGUGAUCUGGAAUGCGCCUCUCAACCACUGCACACAGGACAAGGUCCCUUUAGAUAUGUCAGCCUUUCAAGCAGUGACUACACCAGCUCUAGUUAAAGAUCAGUUCCUCAGCCUGUUCUACAGAGACCACAUGGGCUUGUGUCCUUACACAGAUUACCAAACAGGGAAAGAGGUUAAUGGUGGGUUUCCACAAAAGGGUAACCUGGCAGCUUCCCUGGCCAAGUCAAGGGCAGAAGUGUCCGAGUAUAUCCCAGAGUCAUCACCUGGUCUUGGAGUCAUUGACUGGGAGGACUGGAGACCCACUUAUGAGAGAAACUGGGGUUCCAAAAUGAUUUACGAAAAAUUGUCAAUAGCUUAUGCCCAACAACAAGAUCCCUCUCUCACUUCAGCACAAGCAAAACUUGAAGCCGAGGAACAAUUUGAUAAAGCAGCCAGGAAUUUUAUGGAAGGCACAUUAAACGUAGCCGUUAGCGAAAGACCAGAGUAUCUCUGGGGCUUCUACCUGUUCCCAGAAUGCUACAACUUCGACACGAGUGAGCCAGGCUACACCGGGAAGUGUCCCAUGAACGCACAGCAGCGUAACGAUGAGCUCCUGUGGCUGUGGGAGGCCAGCACUGCCCUCUACCCCUCAGCCUACAUGCCCUUGUCCCUCAAAGGAAGCCACAACGCUGCCCUGUUUGUCCGUAACCAGGUGCAGGAGGCCAUGCGUGUGUCAGCUCUGCCCAAGCGGGCCUACACCACACCGGUCUACCUCUACUCUCGGAUCCUGUUCCGUGGCCAAAGCAAGGUCUACCUAGCGGAGAUGGAUCUGGUGAGCAGCAUUGGUGAAAGUGCAGCUCUUGGGGCCUCAGGAACAGUGAUUUGGGACAGCACUGACUUCGACAACAAGGACUCGUGUGAUAAUCUCUCAGACUACCUGCUCUCCACCUUAAACCCGUACGUCGCCAACGUCACAGCCGCUACGCAGAUCUGUAGCAACUUCCUGUGCCAAGGCAAUGGCCGCUGUGUCCGUAGGGACUACAACACGGACACCUACCUGCACCUGAACCCACAGCACUUCCAGAUCCAGCGCUCGGUGGGGAGCUACGUGGUGACAGGGGUCCCCUCUAUGCAGGACUUCCUAGACAUGUACGAUCACUUCACAUGCCAGUGCUAUGCAGGGAGGAGCUGCUCAGCCUCCGUUCCCUCUCAGCCCCCCCAGAGCCCUCUGGUUAUACACGUUUAA